GAGAGUGACGGUGGGCUCCUUGGGGGGAGAGAGACGCCAGAGAGCUUUGUUGUUUGGGACCAACCUUGGUACAGAACUGUUUAAAUCAGUGUCUCUCUACAAGCCAGCUGCCGCAGAAGAGGGCAUCCCUUUAAUUGUAUGCUGAGCAUCCUACUUCCCCCUUGAUGACGCCACGGAAGAGCGAGCGUGCGAAGGAGAGCGCUGCUGUUUGUAUGGCGUAGCCAGGGAGGUGUCCGUGGCUCUGGAAGCGCAGCAGUAGCUUCUAACGCUGUCGUCGGUGCCGGUGCCGCCGUAACCUUGUAUGGAACAGAGUGUGCAGUCCGCGAUGGCGAUGGGCUUGUCGUCCAAGAAAGGCUGCUCACGGAGCGUGGCGGUGGAGCGCAAAAAUCUCAUCACCGUUUGCAGGUUUUCUGUGAAGACGCUACUGGAGAAAUAUACAGCGGAACCCAUUGAUGACUCAUCUGAGGAGUUCAUCAACUUUGCUGCCAUUAUGGAGCACAUUCUUAGCCAUCGCUUCAAAGGCUCUGGCAGCUGGUUCGAUGGUCAGAGGAGCUUCUGGGACUUCAUCCGACUGGCGUGCGGUAAAGUCCCCAACAGCUGCAUCAGCAGCAUCGAGAACAUGGAGAACAUCAGCUCCUCCCUGGCCAAGGGUAGAGCAUGGUUACGGGUGGCUCUGAUGGAGAAGCGUCUGUCGGAGUACAUUGCCACAGCUCUUAGGGACAGCCGCACCACCAGGAGGUUUUAUGACGACGGCGCCAUCAUGCUGAGGGAGGAAGCCUCUGUGUUGACUGGUAUGCUCAUUGGACUCGGAGCCAUCGACUUCAGUUUCUGUCUGAAGGGAGAGGCACUGGAUGGGAAAUCUGAAGCGGUCAUUGACUACACCCCCUACCUGAAGUUCACACAGAGCUAUGACUACCUUAGCGAUGAGGAGGACCGGCGCAGUGUGGACAGCAGUAGCAGUGAGGAAAGUGCGCCGGAGCAUCCUUACGUUCCCUUGAUAACCGAGGAGGAGAGCUGGAGUGCCAAGUGCAGGAAGAUGGAGCAACGCUACAAGAUUGUCUACGCACAGAAGGGAUACCUUGAGGAACUGGUUCGUCUGCGCGACUCCCAGCUGAAGAACCUGGAGAUGGAGAACAAACGCUUGAGCUCACAGCUGGAGGAGGUGCAGAACCAGAGUGAACAAGAGAAGAGGGAACUGGAGGGAAUAGUUCUGGAACUCCAAGAACAGCUGACUGGCCUUAUACCCUGUGACCCCCGUCAGUUGUCUAAAGAUCUGCCCGUCCCCCUGGUCAAUGAGUGGACCUCGCUAAGCCCCUUCAACAAUGCGACUGGCGACAAACUCUUCCGCAGCAGGGGAAGCUUCCCCAGUCCAGAGCCCCUCUCAGCAACACUCAGUCUGGACUCAGAGCCUCUGAGAGCCGAGGUCAAGCCCAACGGACAAGCCUGGUGCACCAGAGCAGAGAAGAACUACACUACGUCCAUGUUGGGUCUGUGCGGCUCCAUGGGCUCCCUGCCCAGCUGUAAGUCUCUGCCCAGCCUCAGGUCGACAGAGUGCCUGGUGAAUAUCAGUGCUGACCCCAGCCCUGCCCUCACCCCCAGCUAGGGGGCGCCACAAAGCAGCUAUCCACCCAACCACCACGCCAUGCCACAGGAGAAACCAUGUGACCAAGCCCUGACUGACCACAGAGGAUUCUGGGAUUGAGGCUGAACUGCAGAAGAAAUUACAAAAUUAUUGGAACAUUGUUUAUGUUUUUUGAUUUAGCUUUUGUGUGUUUUAUUUUUGGAAAAGAUGAUGUCACGUAGGUCAGAAAUAGACCAAGAUGGCGGCUCUUCAGGACGCCUCUGUGUUCCUCUCAGCCGUCACAUGGUUCCACCAGUGGAAAGUGGUUCUUCCUGUAGACCGUUGCUAGACCUGUGCUGUAGAACUUUUGCACUGAGGUGUAUUGGGAUAGCCUGUUCCCAGUCUUCAGCCAGUCACAAUGGAUUGUGGGACUCUCCUGGUUGAGCCUCAGAAACAGCCAAUGAGUCUGUUCUAUCCCUUUAUCUACAUUUACAUCUACAUGACAAACACACACACACACACACACACACACACACACACACACACAGAGAGAACAUACAGGCAUCACACCACAGUUAGACAACCACAUACACACUUUCCAGAUGACAUGCAAGUUAUCUCACCGCAGGUGGCACAGACACACACACUCUACCAUGCCCAACAACAGGAUGACAUUUAACUGGCAAGAGACACGUCACAGGACACACACACUCCAAGACAAACCUCCCCUAAUGCAGACAUUCCCAACAGAGACUCUAUUUGUGAGACCAGGGCCUGGGUAUGUGAACUCAGUGUAGAAACUAUAGCAACCUUCUCUCCUUUUCCAAAUAAACCCAAUCUGUCUCCUGCGGAGAGACCAGCUUCUCUGCCAUAGAAAUGUCUGAACGUCUGUAUGUCAACGUUGUCAACCACCGGAAAACAACAGCAAAACAAGUGGACUAGCUGUAGUACUGCCCUUCACAGCCUCCUCCUCUCCUCUCCAGUCUUCAACAUGGAGAAAUGUACUGUUUAAAUGGUGAUGGAGAUUGAACCCUUUGUGGGUAGAAACAAUAGCAAACGUUAGCCAACUAAUUCCUAUACAAAUAUUAUAUGCACAUACGAUUUUAUCAGUGUCUAUCAUGGACCAAAAUCAUUCUGCUAACUUUCUCAAAGCCAAUGUGUGUUCUUAACAUUUGUUGUGUCUGCCGGGCCAUUCAUGUACUGUAAGUGUGCUUGCUUCCGCAGUCUGUGAUAGUAAAUAAAAAAAAGCAGGACAAGGCUUGUAGUUGCCUAGCUGAGGGAACAGAGCAAAACCAUGGCAAGAUUAUGCAAACACUGAUGGUGAUAUGGUUGAAAUUAGGUAAUUAGAGGCUGUGUUGUUAAAGUAAUUGAAUAUUUACGCAAGGUAAAUGUCAGGUCAGACUCACAACUGAGGCUGGAUAGGAAGUGAGGUGAAAGGAAUGGGUUAGGCCUGGAACCAGCCGGCUUGGGCCCUGGCUAAGAAAGUUAUCCCUAUAAGAGGUUAUGAAACUGUGUGUGAGUGAUGUAUGUGCUGUGUACGUGUGUGGGGUUAUCCAAACAUCAUGACAUGUUUUAUCCUUGCCACAAUAGCCAACCUAUUUAAUACACUAUUGACAACAAAGACAUCUAUCAUUUUGAAAUCGAAUGCAAUAAAAACUGCCUCUUUUGUUAGACAAUG